AUGGUGGAUCGGAUGGUAUCACUGUGCCAGUAUUACGUUCGAGUUGUUCGUUUCACAGAAUUACGUCAACAUUAUGAAUUUGGACUUGUCAAUCACGCUCUCUGUGCUGCCCUUCAAGAACUCCUCAAAGAGUAUCUCAUCCUCGUGGCGCAAUUAGAGUAUCAAUUCGCUGCUUCAAAAUUGAAUCUUCAGGAAUUCUCGUUCUUGAUUGAGAAGAAUACGAUUAUAACUGGUCUUGUGCAGAAAUUUUGGUAUUAUGUUCAGCCCGCCAUGCACACUCUUCGUGCUUUGUAUGAACUGGUCGAAGCCGUAGAGAGUUCAAGCAAGAAUGGAAAGUCUGCUUCAAGAGGAGGAGCACUUUUGAAUGUGUUGCAUGCAUAUGCCAACGCAGCGAGUGGAGAACAGUACGCUUCCAAGAAGAGUUCUGUACCAUACCUUGAGAUGCUUGAGAAAUGGAUCUAUCAGGGGGUGGUGCAAGACCCAUACAGCGAAUUCAUGGUGGAGGAAAGACCGAACAGGCCAUACUACGAUGAUUCUUACUGGGAAAAGCGAUUCUUGAAACGCGAACAACAUAUUCUUUCCUUCCUGUCUGAUAAAGAGGAGGAGCUUUCCAAAGAUGUGCAGCAUAUCAACAAGAACAAGUUGGAUUCGAUGCUUUCUUUGUCUUUGGUCACAUCCACAGCCAAUACGGAUGAUUACAAAGACGACCUCGCCUGCCAAAUGAUGAAUUGCUCUGCUUUGGACGAGGUGUUGAAUGUGAUCAGCAUUGACGGGACAGACAAAGGGAUCAAGAGUAAAGCUCUCGAACAAACUUCAAUCUUAACAGGCCUGGAGACUUUUGCGCUCUCCUACAAGGUGGAGUGGCCGUUGAAUAUAGUCUUCUCGCGCAAGACUCUGACCAAAUACCGUUGGCUCUUCCGCCAUCUCUUCUUGUACAAGACUGCGGAGCGAGAGCUCAAUGCUGCAUGGGUUUGCCAUCAAGGGACGAAAGGCUUUCAAGUGCAUCAUGCGUUUGCAUUGGACUUCUCAUUGAGAUUUCGGAUGCUCCACUUCAUACAAAGUCUACAGCAUUUCUUGGUGAAUGACGUGGUGGAGAAUUGCUGGCACUCAUUCAAGGAGAACAUGCGACAAGUUAAGACCGUGGAAGACGUCCUGCGCAUUCACGACCGCUUUCUUGACACCUGCAUCAAGCUUUUUGUCCUUAACGACCCGCAUCUCCUCAAGCUCUUGACGCGAUCUGUUGCAACAUGCACGAAGUUCGCAAGAUACAUCAAGGCCUGUUGCCCUCCCACCUUUGCUUGUGCUGACGCCUAG